CUGUCCUGACGCCUUUCAGGUCGCUACAGAAAUACGUGAGGAUGAGGGGAGGUCAUUGUCAAGCUGCACAAAAAAACUGGCCCCUCAUGGUGUGAUUUGGCUCCUUAUCGGGGUCUCCAGGGUGGCUGGGCUCACAGCAGCAGUUCUUGUUUCUUUGUGACAGGAUUUUGUAGACUUGCACCUUCAGUGAGACCUUUUGUGGCACGUGAAAUGAUACUCCCUGAGAACUUAAUUUUGGACAAUUCAUGCGAAGUAAUGGUUGUCCAGGGACCUCAAAGAUAAAACUAGCUCACUGGAACUUUUGCUUUCCCCGUGAAGCACAGACAUGACAGAGCAGGAGUUUGUGCUCUGCAUGUGGCAGGAGCGGCUGUGGCCAGCCAAGGUUUUGUGCAAAGCUGGAGCUACUGGGAAAAAAUCUGUUCCUGAAACAAAGGAGGGUUCUCUGAAAGUUGAAAUCCUUGGCUUGAAAGAACAGGCCAGUGUGAGCUGUGCUGGGGCCGUCCCGCUGGAGAAGAGCCUGAUAGAGAACAUUGCUGCUACCUUGGAUCAAAGGGAUCACUCCAGGAGGGCUGUGGAAGAGCUGAAGUAUUGCCGCUCUCUUAGAAUUGCCCUGGAUAUUUUGAGUCAGAAUGGGUCAGCAGGACAAGUGCCACCUGCAGAAGGAGCAAAUCCCCCAUUAUCCCAGGAGAACAAAGCAGGGUCUGUCUCAUCUACCCCCUCACGCAGGUCUCAGCAGCUCCCUCAGCCCAAAGAGAAGCUGGGAAGUGAGGCUUCCAGGGGCAAAAGAGGACAGAAGAAUAACCUCAGCUUGAAGAGUGAUGGGAAGAGGCAAAAGGAGAAGGGUUCCUUCCUUUCCAAGAACACUAAAGGACACACAGGUGGAGCAAACCUCUCCAGAGGUGGUGCUGGGGCUUUGUCUGCUGCAUCAAACUUGAGGCAUCAAACCUCCAAACUCCCAGAGUCAAAGUCACUACCAAGAGAGAAACAAUCCAAGAGCAGCUUGUUGGCAAAGUGCAAACCAGGAAACAAAAUCCCUCCUAAGCCCAAGGAGGGAAGAAGUAAACAAAAAGGAAAAAAGCCAAGAGGUGCAGGACCAGGUGUGUUGGGUGGGAAUGGGUUCCCUGAGGAUCCAGCAGGGAUCCUGGCUGAGGGGGGCUCUGCCCUGCCCACCCCCUGUGGGCCUGACCCAGCAGCACCUGCCAGGGGGGCACCCACCAGGAGCCUCCCCAGAAGGACUCAGCCUGGAAGGAAGUUACCAGGUUCCUCCUGUGAAAGUGCCUCAGGUGACUUGGAGAAAGGCCUCAGCACUGAGACUGAAGGUGUGGGAGAGCAGCUGGAUGGAGGAGAACAGCCAAGGUGUUUGAAACAGGUUAAUGGAGAGCAAGAGAGCGGGGCAGGGGUGUCCUCUGAGAGGAAAAGGAACAGCAGGAAUUGCCCCCCAUCUUCAUCUGGGCCUUCCAACCUUGGGGCCUGUUCUGAGAGUGUCCCUGCUCAGCCAGAAGAGGAGGAAAAUAAGAGCCUUUCCCCCGUGGUUCUGAGUAAAGUGAAGCAGUUUCAGCUGCCUGACUUUGAGGAGGAUGAAGGACUGGAACCAUCUGCCCUGUCUUCAGAGGUUGUUUCCUCAGAGAGUCUCUCUCGCCUCUCACCGCUGGUAGAAGAGGAGGAGGAAGAGGAGGAGCUUCCCAGUAUUUUAUCACUCCAAGAGCCCCAGUCGAUCGAGGAGGGGAUCCUGGUCUGGUGCAAGAUGGGGAGGUUUCCCUACUGGCCGGCCGUGGUCAAGACCGUGCGGCGGAAGCACCGCCGGGCCUGCGUGCUGCUGAUCGAGGGGGAUGCCAGCACCAAGAAAAAAGGUUUCUCUGUGUCUCUGAAGAACCUGAAACACUUUGAUUGUGAAGAAAAGCAGGACCUGAUAGAGCGGGCCAGGGAGGGUUAUCGGCAGGAGAUCGAGUGGUGCAUCCGCCUCAUCUCCGACUAUCGCAUCCGAGUGGGUUGUCAUUCCUUCACGGGAUCCUUCCUGGAGUAUUUUGCUGCUGACAUCAGCUACCCAGUCAGAAAGGAAGGCUACCAAGGCCCAGCCCAAGUGACCUUUCCCAGUGCAGCAGAGGAAGAUCAUAAAGAGCCUCCAGAAGCUUCACCUCAGAAGCCCUCCAAGAAACUCCUUCCUGACAGAACACGAGCUGCCAGAGACAGGGCCAAUCAGAAGAUUGUGGAGUUCAUAGUGAAGACCAAGGGGGCUGAGGAGCAUCUCCUGGCCAUUCUGAAAAGCAGGAAGCAGUCCCGCUGGCUGAAGGAGUUCCUGAACUCCAGGCACUAUGUGACCUGCAUCGAGACCUACCUGGAGGAUGAAGAGCAGCUGGAGCUGGUGGUGAACUACCUGAAGGAGGUGUACAGGGAGAUGGACACCAAGGGCCUGCACCAGAUCAAAGGGGAUGGGAUCAAAUUUAUCUCUGACGUCCUUUUGCCUGAAGCCAUCAUUUAUGCCAUUUCUGCUGUGGAUGACAUUGAUUACAAGAAGGCAGAAGAGAAAUACAUCAAAGGACCAUCUGUGAGCAAAAGGGAGAGGGAAAUAUUUGAUGAAGAAAUUCUGGGAAGGAAGAAGCAGAAGAUCAAACCAGAGGCUGCCAGCAGCACCUGAGCUGGGGGGACAGGCCUGAGCCCCCUCCUGCAGACACUGGACUGGUGGAAAAUGUGUCACUGUGGAGUCUCUGCAGCCCCUGCUUCUCAUCCUGCCUUGGGAGCUGCUUCCCUGGGCCUGUUGAACCCCCCCCAAAGGGGCAGGAGCCCCUCAACCAAAGCUGCCCAACCCCCCCCGUGUUCUGCAGAGCUCCUGCCUGGGACCCUGAGCUGCCAGGGGGGGUUUGGGCCAAAACGUGAGGAAGGGGAGAUGGUGGGUGGGGGGUGGAGCCCAGUGCUCCUGCUGCCUCCCCUGCCCUGGGUGUUUAAAAGGUGGGAAAUAAAAGUGGUGCCUGGUGCUGCA